AUGGCUUCGACAGUUGCAACAUUUCUCCCAGAAUUGGUCGUAGAAGCAAAAACUAGGGUUUUUAAUAUUAUUUCCGAAUUGGAAUUACGCGCAAUAAAGGCAAAGGCUUUGAAUACAAUAUCCGUAGAACCAAUUGUACCUUUAUCGCCUAUUCCAUCAAAACAGAUAGUUCCGGAAAUAUUUACCGAAGAAGAUUCUUCGAGUUCUGCAACUUCUGCAACAAGCAGUGUUUCAUGCCCGAUCGCAGCUGCAAACUCCAGUUACUUAGCUUUUUUACAAUAUUAUAAUAAUGAUUAUUAA